AACCACAUAAAGUAUUAGUAUAAUCGAUAAUAAACAAGACAUAACUUUUAAAGUUUAUGAGAUAAAAUUUAUCUAUAAGACUUGGGUAGGCGUCCUACGGUAUUGGAUUCUGAAUAUUUAUGCAUUUAAGGGGAAUAUGUAAAAUUUAAAUAUGCAAUGUAAAAAUUAUCUCUUAAAAGCGCUGUCGAUUUUAUAUUAGAAACAGGUAGUCAAAUUAAUAAUAAUGGAUACUUUAAAAACUCCAUCCAUACCAUCUUUGCUAGAUUCUGAUAUUGAAUCAGUGGGAAGCUUUCGCUAUGAUGACUUUGAAGAAUUGGAUGAGGAAGAGUAUGCACUACCGGCUAGUGAAGCACCAACUUUAGAAGAAAUCUUAUCAUCUGAUGUUAAUGAACAAACUGAAGUAGAAUUGGCUGAAGAAGUGACUGAGAAAGAAGCUAAGGAACCUGCAACAUGUUCUGCUUUACAAGUUGAUUUCUUGCAAGCAGUCUCACAACAACUUACACAAGCAGAGGAAAGAUCUUCUGCUGGACCAGCUACUGCUUUAAGUGUAGGGAGCAAUGGUAGACUAACUGUUGGCACUGCUCAUGGGCAUUUAUUAUCAUUUCAUGAUCAGACAUUAAGGUGGGUAUGUAAUGGCAAUGGAGAUUGUGGUGCAGUCACUUGCCUGGCAUAUAAUUAUGACAGUACCCGUCUUUUAGUGGGUUUUGCAAGAGGGCAUGUUUUCCAGUAUGAAAGUAUACAAGGUGUUGUAUUACGUAAAAUUACACUAGGGGGAGAUACUUGGGGUAUUUUGAGAGUAACAUGGGCAGGUACAGCUGGAUUAGCACUGGACACAGGUGGUUCAGUGUGGCUUAUAAGAUUUUCAAGGCCAUUAGGAGUUCGAUCUGCAAAAGUAUCCUGCCUGUUCUCUGGUGCAAGAGGGGAAGUUUUGGCUAUGGCUGCGAGAGAUGCCAGAAUAUUAGCUUUGGUUACUCACACUCGUGUUAUAGUUGUGGCUGGAGGACAGGCUGCUGGAGUACGUAUAGCCAAACACUCAAACUUGAUGCCUGUGAUUGAAUGGUUUGAUCCCAACAACCGCUUACUAGUAUGUGCCAGAGGCUUAGUGCUGCAAUGGCUUACUGUAACUAUAACUGGACCAGGAAGUAAGUUAGGACUCAAGCCUGUAAAAAGAGUAGAAUUAAAAACUUCACCUUUGUGGCUUGGGUGGCUUGGUGGCAGUUUGACAAUAUUUGAUUCUGAAGAGAAACUCCAUCUUUGGGGUGAUGACUAUGAUAAACCAUUGGAUUUGUCUCAUAUUGAACCUGUAUAUGCUUCUGCAUUUUUUAAGGGACAUUGGACAGACGGUCGAGUAUCGCAGGCCAUGUGUAAAGCCGGUGAUAGUGCUUUAGCUGGCGUAAGCGUUUCUGAAGGGACAUUGUCUAUUCUGGGACGUCGUGGCAUUGUCAGAAUAGGCCCCCGUGAUAUUCUAUCUAGGGCUCAGGCAUUCAUGGCUUCAGGACAUCAUUUACAAGCACUAAAAUUGCUUUGCUCCACUCAAGGACCAAAAAGCAGCGAGCUUGCAAGUGAAUUCGUUAUAAAUAUUUCCGAACGACCGCAUAUACUUAACAAUAAAAACGUAGCAGUGCAAGUUGUUAAAUUGUGCUUUAAAUUUGGACUGACUGACGAAUUAUGGUCGUGUCUAUGGGAAAAUUGUUCGCAAGAAAAUGCGUUUGUAGAGGCACUUGGAGAUGCUGCUGUCCGUGGUGACAUGGCUAACAACCCGCCAACUCCAGAUUUUACUCAGGCGUUAAUGGAGAGGUUGGCCGAUUUCGAGCCAGAUCUAGUUGAACGUGUAGUCGCAUCUUUACCUCUUACAGCCAUAGACCCACACCGCGCCAGUUUGUUUACGCGGGAAAGGAAAUUAUGGCGGGGCGUUGCGGCUAUUGCUGCUGCUCUAGAUGGAUGUAGCGGUGCCAUGCGCGAACUAGUCCAAUACGUAGAUCCUGAGUGUAGAUUGCGUAGCAAUUGUCAAUGCGCGGGUGGGGCGCUAGUUCUUGCAGCGGCUGACGCGUUGGCCGCUCGUUCGCCCGCUUGUAGACCACUUCCCCCACACGCAAAGCCAUCGGCGAGACACGACGCCCUACAUACGCUGCUUCAUGAGGAGGGUGAAAUGAGAUGUCCGCUCCGUGCCCUAGUAGAACAUGAAACGAGCGCGGCAGUGCGGUUAGUAGAGCAGUGCUCCCGAGACCCGCCCUUCGCUGGCCCUUUAGGGAAACAAAACCGCCUUAGAGUCGCACGCGCCUUGAUUUCCUAUUCAGUGCACAUACAGGAGCCUGACAGAAAAUUAGAAAUCUUGCAAUUUAUUACGGGACAAUUGAGCAACGGAUCUCUUCCACUGGAUCAGGACCUGAUCGAGAAAGUAAAAGAUCUGGCUUGCAGCAUACCGGGAGAAAAAGCCGAGCGCGCUUGGCUCGACGUCCUACUACGACUCAGGGGACACCGUGAACGUCUACUACAGCACUACCGAGACGCUUUGCCCAGACCGCGGCUUCUCUGGAGGAUAGACAGCCUACUUAAUAAACACGAGCUCGCUAUCAAAGAAUUCUUUGACAUCGAAAACCCGUCCGAACGGGACGUCGACGAACUAUUUGAGUACAUUCAAUCGCGAAUAGAGGUCGAUUCGGCGGCAAAGACCCAACUGCACGAGUAUCUUCCCGCGUUGAUCAAACUGCGGCCCAACGCCGCCGCGAGCCUGCUCACCGACGAGGCCAUGGAAUCUCUCGCCCCCGUCGUGAAACAAUUGACCCCAGAGCGCACUCUCGAGUUCGGUAAGUGCCUGCUCGACAUGGAACGCCUGACGGGCGACGUCGCCGCCCUCUACUUGCGCUGCCUCUGCGUCACCCGACCCGCCGAAGUCAAACACUUUCUGAGCGCUCACGCCGGGAUCGUGCGGCCCGAGGACGCGCUCUCUCUAGUCAAAGAGUUGGGGCCGAAACACGCGGAGCCCGUGUGCCUCGAGGCGGUAGGGGACCACGCCGGGGCGCUCGACGCCUCGCUCCGCCUGAUCCGAAACGCCUCCGAGGAGAACAGGCCCGCGCUGGCCGUCGAGGCGAGCGAGCUGUGCGUGAGGAUCGCCCCCACGGUCCCGCGUAGCGUCGCCGCCGAAAUGUGGACCCGCCUCGUGCGCAGCGUAGACGCUCUGCCCCCGGCCACGUUGUUCGAGGCGGUCGCGUACAUGCCGCUCGAGGAGUUGCUCGUUAAAUCGUGUAAUUCCGCACAGGUGAGGAGCAUCCUGGCGGACGGAGCGAGCGGCCGGGCCAUGUGGCAGUCCGCGAGGAGGAUAGCGGGCCGUGAGGCGCACGAGGCGCUCGCGAGGGCUCUGAGUGUUGCGAGGCGAGGUCUGAGAGUUCAGGGCCGCUGCGUGCGGUGCGGCGAGCCUCUGGAGUCACGCGUGGGCGUCCGGACGGCGCAUUGCUCGCGGGCCUUCCACGCUGACUGCGAAGUGUCCCCUGUGUGCGAGUGCGGGCGGCGCCUUCCCUCGGGCUUGCUCACCCUCCCUCCUCUCGCCGUGCCCCGCCCCGUUCCUCCGCAGCAGUUCAAACUUCUUCUUGUGGCUCCUCCGCGACCAGACUUAGAAGGACUAGUGUAGCCGUAAAUUAUACAGGAACUAUUUAUAGACAUUAUUAUUGUUAUUUAAGGUUAUGUUUAAGUAUAAAGUUUAUUAAUAUAUUAUUAAAUAUUUAUAAAUCAA